AUGUGGCGUGCCACUCUGCCGUGCGGCCUGCCCGCUGCCGCUGCCGCGUCCUUAUCCGGAUGCCGAGCGCCACUGAGUCGUCAAGGCUGGUCACGCACCCUGUUGAUGAAGCACGCCUUGGGACUGCCGAGAAGGCUGAGUAUCCUGGAGCACGUCCAUCUCAAGGGGGAUCCUUCAACCGGCCUGGUAGCCUACGAGCAUGCGGAAGACGCACAGGAGCAGCAUCGGGCCAGAUUUCUCCGGUGGAAGGCGUUAUCUGAGGAACAGAGGACAUCAGCGUCGCACCGCCAUGUCCCAAGGCCGCGCCUCAUGUCGUUCGAGGCAACGCCCACCUUCACCCUGGGCCGCCGCCAGGAAGACUUGACUGCAGAGCAGGCCAGACGUCUGCAACAGCCGCUGGAUAUCGGCCUGGUGCACCGUCGCAACCCCAUCUCACGCCGCUUCACGCCGCAGGUCAGAAAGACCAACCGCGGCGGUCUGACGACGUACCACGGUCCGGGACAAAUAGUUCUCUGGCCCAUCAUCGACAUGCACUCAUCCGCGUAUCCCAAGUACGGCGUGGCCUCGUACGCGAAUCACCUGGAAACGACGACGCAGCGCCUGCUCUCUGGGCUGUUUGGCAUCCACACGUACACGACUCGCGAUGAGCCUGGCGUGUGGGUGAAGACGUCGAGUGGGCAGGAGCGCAAGAUUGCAGCCUUGGGCGUCCAUCACCGGCGGUACGUGACUGCGUUGGGGAUUGCCGUGAACAUUGAUGUGCCCGUGGCCGGGGGGGAAGCUGUGAACCCGUGGGCUCGGUUCGUGCCGUGCGGGCUUGACGGGAGGUCGGUUACUUCCGUGGCUGCAGAGGUUGGGGUUGACUCGGCGCUGGGAUGGGAUUUGGAGGACCUGGCUGGUCGGUGGGCAAGUUUGUUUGAGGAAGGGCUGGCGGACGAGGCAACGAGGAGCGCGGGGGACGGCGAGCCGCAGAGUCGGCUGCAGAGGUGA